AUGCCGGCCAUUCUCUCUAACCUAGCCCCCUCAGUUGAGCACCAGCAACAAUCAAAGCUCGCAACAACACAGCUUACCACCGCAUCCAACCCCGUCCCCUCAACCGCAGACUGCGCCGCUCACCUGGAGCUCCUCGAGACCUUCGUCACACUCCGCGACGCAGUCCAUCUGCUCGCCGCCGACGCCGGCCAGGCACCCGAGCGCGUAUGGGACCUGUACUGCAACCGGGCCGUCGCCCGUUUCGAGCAAUGGAGUACCGGCGCCGAGAGGCCGGCGGAGCAGAUGCCGCCCGUCGACGUGCUUAUGGCGUGGCACGCGUUGAUGUUGCACCCCAAGGCGUACGCACGCUUCAUCGAGCUCGGGGGACGUCUGGGUCUGGAUGGGAUUAACUGGGCUGAGAUUUCGAGAUCGUCAAACCUCGAAUCCCUCAUCGCUUCAAUCGACCUCCCCUCCCUCCUCUCACCACCAGCCUCCCAGACCGGCACCUUCACCCACGCCUCGCCCACAGGAACAACCCUCUUCACGUACCCCCUCACAGCAGCAAUCAACCGCCAAUUCUCCUUCUCCCUCAAAAUGUCCUCCCACGCCUGGCUCCGCAGCGCAAGCCCCGCAGACCUCCUGGCCGCGGCGCAAACCCGCUACGCGCAAUUCUUCCACCUCAUCGCCGCCCACCCGGGCACCGUCAUGGUGCCGACGCUCGACAUUGACCUCGUCUGGCACACGCACCAGCUCGCGCCGGCGCGGUACAUGGCCUACUCGAAGCGGACGACGGGGAAGCUGGUGGACCACGAUGACGAGAUCCCCGACGAGAGUCUGUCGGUGCUGUCGACGGAUAUGAGGGCGCUUUGGAGGGAGGCGUUUGACGAGGAGUAUCUUCCUGCUGCUUGCCAGGAGGAUGCUGGGUGUGGAGCUCACCCCUGGCUCGCCCCCGAUGUUGCCGGCGGCGCCGUCCGCGGUCCUUGCCCGAUGCUCAACUCUCUCGCCAACCACGGCUACCUCGCCCGCGACGGCAAGUCCAUCUCCAUGCAGGACCUCAUCGCCGGCCUCGGCUCCGCCCUGCACUUCAACGAGUCCCUCGUUCGCACCCUCGGCACGCCCGCCUUCGCUACCUCCACCACCGGCAACGCGAGCACCUUCAACCUCGACGAUAUCGCCAAGCACAACGUCAUCGAGCACGACGGCAGUCUCUCUCGCGCCGACUUCGCCGUGACGGGCGACGCGAAGACCUUCAACACGACCGUCUGGGCCGAGACCAAGGGCUACCUCGAGUCCGGUGCCGCCGCCUCCGACAACAAGGUCGGCGUCGCGACCAUGGCUUCCGCGCGCAGCAAGCGCAUCGCCACCGCGAAGGCGACGAACCCGUCCUUCAACUUGACGACCAGCCAGGUCACCGUCUCUCUGGGCGAGUCUGCCGUCAUCCUCGGCACCAUUGGACAGAGCUACACCGCGCCUGCUGCGCCGGUCGAGUGGUUGAAGGUCGUCUUUGAGGAGGAGCGCCUGCCGUUCAACGAGGGAUGGAACACCUCUGCCGAUGUGAUUACCACCGCCCAGGUCCUGGGUCUGUCGCAGCUCAUUGCUACUAGCAGCAGCUAA